CGUCUUGUUAGAAACGUCUCAGUAACACGAAGUAUUUUAUUGGAAAAACUCGCUUUUUUUGGAUUAAAAUCCAGCCAUUUCGCUAAAGGCUUGAAAUAUAAAAUGGCUUUGAAUAUUAUGUGCAGAAGACUUCCCAAGGCACUUGGUCAAGCCAAAAGACUUAUUUCAUACCAAUCAUCCUUCCAAGGAUUGAGAGCUGCGGCAGUGUUCAAUGAUGGCAGUGGCUUUGGCUAUAACAGUAAAGGAGAAUUGGUCAUUGUCAAGGCAGCCACUGGGAUAAGCACCGAUGGCUACAAUUAUGGAUCACUGUUCCAAAAACCGUUGGAGAGAACUAGUCCAGUUAUCCCAACCAAACUUGUUAUUGACAGGGAUUUGUGGAUAGAAAAAUCAGCCAAUGACCCUACUAAUAGAGGUAACGAACCGUGGCAAAGGCCAUUGGUGCCCAGGUGUGGUGCUGCAAAUUUUUCUACCUAUGCUGCUAACAGGUUCAACAGUGCUAACCCAUGGAACCGACCAGUCUUCAGACAUGGUACUUGUCACUCGCUUAAUUUCUCCAGCCUGGCAGGAGACGGUCAUGGCAGUAAUCCCAGUGAUCUUUCCAUGUCACUUGUUAUCUUUGACAAAGACGGCACCCUCAUUGACGUGAAUUCCGUCUGGAUUCCUUGGAUGGAAACCCAUGUUGAACAACUUGAGAAGAUGACGGGUUUAAACCUCUCGGCAAAGCUUUACUCAGCUGUUGGGUAUUGUCCGAGGGCAAAGGCCUAUCAAGAUAAUGGCCUCUUAGCUCAUGCAACCAUUGCUAACAUCAAAGAUAGGAUCAAGGAGGUUCUCGUAGAGAGUGGGAUUGAUGAAUUAGAAGCAAGCAAACUCGUUGACGAGUGCUGUGCAGAUGUUGAUACAGGGGACAAAGAAACGCUACAACCAUUAGGAGACCUCCCAAAGAUCUUCCAAACCCUGAAAUCUAAAGGUAUUAAAACAGCUAUUUGCACUAUGGACUCUAGGCAUGGCACUAUGACUGCUCUGCACCAGCUUGGGCUUGUACCAUUGAUAGAUAUGAUUGUCUGUGGAGACGAUGAAAUCUCUAAGCCGAAACCAGCCCCAGAUAAUGCUCUUAACAUCUGCAAAGAUCUUAAUGUGUGUCCGACUAAGACGGUUGUCAUUGGCGACACGACAGCUGAUACAGGGAUGGGGAAAUCUGCUGGUUUGGGGCUAACGAUAGGGGUGCUUAGUGGAGCAGGGUCUAAAGGUGCACUUGAGAAAGACUCAGACUUGGUAUUGAAUAGUGUAGAUGAGUUACUUAAUGUAAUGUUCAAGGAUGGCUCCAAAGAAACCAUGUAAAUAUAUUUUUAUCUAUAUAUUUAUAGCACAUUUCCCCUUGCAUCCUCCCUCCCGUCACCCC